GGCGCGUUCGAUUGAUUGUUACGGUUAGACAAGCAGACUGUAGACUUCGUGAAAUCGCGAUGUAUAUAUUGCGAAAAUAUCGAAGUAUUGACGGAUUAGCGAAAAGAGCGCUACUCUUCUUCUGUUAAGCAGUAGAGAAAAGUUUAUUAUUGUUGUGAUAAGCAAAGUGACAGAAAGAAAACAUAGUAAAAGUAAGAUAAUCACGCUUUUCCAUAUGACAGACGGGCCUGUCAUAUUCUAUCAAAACGUAUAUUUAUCUUUAAAACUUUCAAAGAUAUUAAUACAACAAUGGCGAUGGGUAAAGGAUUUCGCGUUUACGAAAAACUAAAGCCACCUAGUCCUCAUUCACUUAUAUUAGAACAACGAAAUCGAAAGGAAACUGUUCUUUUUGAAUCACAAGCAGUUGCUGUACUUUCUGCUGAAGAAACAGAUACUUUAAAAGGGAAAUACACAAAAUUAUUAGAUGCAUAUGGAUGUUUAGGUGUCUUGCAAUUAAAUGCAGGUGAAAAUACUUUAUUGUAUCUUGUUCUUGUCACUGGUUGUUUUUCGGUUGGUAAAAUAGGAGAAUCAGAAGUAUUUAGAAUUACACAGACUCAUUUUGUACCACUUCAUUACACACAAGGUAAUGAGGAUCGUGUAUCUGAAGUCAGAAAAGUUUUAAACUCAGGUACAUUUUAUAUUUCUUGGUCUGCUAAUAACCAAGAACCUCUUGAUAUUACUCUUAGUGCACAGAGGCGAUGUAAAUCUACAAUAACUGAUAAUAGAUUUUUCUGGAAUCGAAUGUUACAUAUACAUUUACUAAGAUAUGGUGUAGAUACAUCUCAUUGGUUACUUAAAGCAAUGUGUGGUAGUGUGGAAAUUCGAACUGUAUAUGUUGGUCAUAGACAAGCUCGUGCUGUUCUUAUAUCAAGAUUGAGUUGCGAACGUGCAGGCACAAGGUUUAAUGUCAGAGGAACUAAUGAUGAUGGUCAUGUAGCAAAUUUUGUAGAAACAGAACAAGUAAUAUAUUUAGAUAAUGAAGUAACCUCUUAUGUGCAAACUAGAGGAUCAGUUCCUUUAUUCUGGGAGCAACCUGGUAUUCAAGUUGGUUCUCAUAAAGUGAAAAUUUCUCGUGGUUUUGAAGCAUCUGCACCUGCUUUUAAUAGACACUUAAAUAUAAUCAAAGAAAGGUAUGGGCAGCAAAUAAUUGUCAAUCUUCUUGGAUCUAGUCUAAUUGGAAGCAAAGAAGGAGAAGCAAUGUUAAGUCAGUUAUUCCAGACUCAUCAUAAUAUGUCAGAACAUAAUGAUGUGCCUCAUAUUUUAUUUGAUUAUCAUCAAGAAUGUAGAGGUGGAAAUAUGAAAAAUCUUUCAAAAUUAAAAGCAAAAAUAGAUAAAUAUUUAGAAUCAUUUUCGUUGUUUUAUGCAGCUGGUAAUACUGUCAUUCUUGAACAAACUGGAACUAUUAGAACAAAUUGUCUCGAUUGUCUAGAUAGAACAAAUUGUGUACAAACAUUUUUUGCAUUAGAAAUACUUGGCAAACAACUUGGAUUAUUAAAAUUACUUGAAAAGCAACAGAUGGUUUCAAGAUUUGAAGAAGUAUUUAGACAAAUGUGGAUCAACAAUGGUAAUGAAGUAAGUAAAAUAUAUGCUGGUACUGGGGCAAUUCAAGGAAGUUCAAAAUUAAUGGAUGGUGCAAGAUCUGCAGCUAGAACAAUACAAAAUAAUUUAUUAGACUCCAGUAAACAAGAGGCUAUUGACAUCUUAUUAUUGGGAUCAACAUUAAAUACAGAAUUAGCGGAUAGAGCUCGGUUACUUUUACCUUCAAAUAUGUUACACGCUCCACCCAGUGUUCUUAGAGAAAUGUGCAAAAGAUAUAAUGAAUAUGUAACUACAAUGAAUCUUAGAGUAAGUGUGGGUACUUAUAAUGUUAAUGGAGGAAAACAUUUCCGAAGUGUUGUAUAUAAAGAUGUAUCUCUUUCUGAUUGGUUACUAGAUGCUCCACAAAAAUCAUCAUCUCUAGUAUCAGUCGAAUAUGAUAAUGUUCCUGUAGAUAUAUUUGCAAUAGGAUUUGAAGAAAUUGUUGAUUUAAAUGCUAGCAAUAUAAUGGCUGCUAGUACUGAUAAUGCAAAAGCUUGGGCAGAGGAACUACAAAAAGUACUUUCCCGAGAUACUGAAUAUGUUUUAGUCACCUAUCAACAGUUAGUUGGCGUUUGUCUCUAUUUAUUUAUACGACCUAAGCAUGCACCUUAUUUAAGAGAUGUAGCUGUAGAUUGUGUUAAAACUGGAUUAGGAGGUGCAACAGGAAAUAAAGGAGCUGCAGCUAUUAGAUGUGUAUUGUAUUCUACGUCUUUUUGUUUCGUUUGCGCGCAUUUCGCUGCUGGACAAAGUCAAGUUAAUGAACGUAAUGCAGAUUAUGCAGAAAUAACACGAAAAAUUACAUUUCCUAUGGGAAGAACAUUGAAUACUCACGAUUAUGUAUUUUGGUGUGGAGAUUUUAAUUAUAGAGUUGAUAUGGAUAAAGAUGAAAUGAAAGAAAUGAUAAAAAAAAAUGAAUUUAAUCAAAUAUUACAAUAUGAUCAAUUGAAGGUUCAACAGAAUCAUGGAAAUGUCUUUAAAAAUUUUUUGGAAGGUCCUAUUAUUUUUGCUCCAACAUAUAAGUAUGAUCUUUUUUCUGAUGAUUAUGAUACUAGUGAAAAAUGUCGUCAACCUGCAUGGACUGAUAGAAUAUUAUGGAAACGUCGAAAACAAGUACCUGAUAUUGAUUCUCCUACAGAUUGGAAUCCAGGAAAAUUGAUUCAUUAUGGUAGGGCAGAAUUAAAACAAAGCGAUCAUCGACCCGUUAUUGCUAUAAUAGAUAUAGAUAUUCAUUGUGUUGAAUCUGAAAAACGUGAACGAGUAUUUAAAGAAGUGAUUCAAGAUUUAGGUCCACCUGAUGGCACUAUAGUAGUAAAAGCAAUUGAAGAAUCAGAUGAUAUAGAUAGCGUAUUUGAUGAAAAUUUUAUGAUGGCAUUAUUACAAGAUUUCUCUCAUAUUGGUGAAGUAAUUCUUGUUAGAUUCGUUGGUGAAACAAUCUGGGUAACAUUUAGAGAUGGACAAUGUGCUUUGUCAGCAGCAAGAAAAGGUAUGACUCAAGUAUGUGGCCAAACUUUAAAAUUAUCUUUGAAAUCACCGAAUUGGGUGCAAUUAAUUGAAAAAGAAAUAGAACUUUGUAGUAAUACUACAGUUGCGCAAUUUGUUUCAAAUUCUGUAAUAAGAAAUUCAAUUCAAAGAUUAGAACAAUUAGACAUAGGAGAACGGUCGUCUUCUAGUAGAAGUAGUCCAAAUGGAGUAAUUCCACCACCUAGACCAGCACCACCAGGUCGUCCAGCUCAACUACCCAAAAGUCCAAUACAAGAUCGAAAACAAGGACCACGUGCUGGUGUAUUUAGCGUGUUGCCCAAUCAAUUCUUAACACCAUUAUCUAGAGAAAGAGUAGAAUCUGAACAAAGUGAAAGAUUAUCACCAGAAUCUGCAAUUUAUGAAGAAAUAUUGGAUGGAUCACCUAAUUAUCCUAUACCAAACCGUCCACCACCACCACUACCUCGUACAGAUCCUUUGCAAGAAUCAUCUAAUAGAUCACCCAGUUCUAAACCACCUCCGCUACCCCAAAGACAAGCUCCUCCUCCUCCACAACAUCCUCCACCUAUUUUACCUACUUCAAAUGUUCCGCCGCCAAUUCCAGCAAGAACAUCAGGUGGGCCGCCUAUUCCAGCUAGAAAUCCACAUUGAAUCUAUUUAAUUCAAAAAACAAUUCAGAAUGUGUAAUUGUGUAGUUAAUUUAUAAAUAUCGAUAAAAAUUAACAGAA